GCCGGGGCGCCGUCGCCCACGCUGGAGCUGGCUAGCCGCAGCCCGUCCGGGGGCGCGGCGGGCCCGCUGCUCACGCCGUCCCAGUCGCUGGACGGCGGCCGGCGCUCCGGCUACAUCCCCAUCGGCUACCGCGGCUCCUACCCCAUCGGGCGGGACGCGCAGGCGGACGCCAAGUUCCGGCGGGUGGCGCGCAUCACCGUGUGCGGCAAGACGUCGCUGGCCAAGGAGGUGUUCGGGGACACCCUGAACGAGAGCCGGGACCCCGACCGGCCGCCGGAGCGCUACACCUCGCGCUAUUACCUCAAGUUCAACUUCCUGGAGCAGGCCUUCGACAAGCUGUCCGACUCGGGCUUCCACAUGGUGGCGUGCAGCUCCACGGGCACCUGCGCCUUUGCCAGCAGCACCGACCAGAGCGAGGACAAGAUCUGGACCAGCUACACCGAGUACGUCUUCUGCAGGGAGUGAGCUCCCCAGACCCCCUCGCACUCCGAUGCCCACUCCCCGCUUCCUGCCCGAGAGAGGAUUACAGAUCCUCCUGUCCCCUCCUCUGUCCCCUGGCUCCCCCUCAUCUCCCUCUCCCGUAGUAGCUGGGCCGGACCCGUCCGCCCCCGCUUCCCACUUCAGAACCUGCAGCCGCAAAUCCUCUCGGCUUCUUCGUCUUCUUUGGACCCCGUUAACCGAGAGAACCCAGACGAACCCCCCACCCAACGCUUCCUUUACUCCUUGCCUCAAACCACCCCUCACCCAGAUGGGCCUUCAGUCUGGAUGUGGUGGGGCAGUGUGGCCACAAAGUCACCAAGUACCUGAGAAUGAUUGAACCUGAUCGGACCGUGUCCAGUGUGUAGAAGAUUCCUUGAAAUCUCGAGCCUUUAUGACUCAUUCGCGGUAUAAGAGAUCAGAAUUGAUAACACUGUCUGGGGAUAGUUAGUGUUUUAAAAGGUCAUUAUACCGUGUUUUUGACCCUCUUUGAAAGUAGAGUUUUAGGAGGCUAUUUGAGAGACUCUGAUUCUGGAAUUAGGAGCCCAUGGAGGCGGUUCAGUGACUGUAAAUGAAUCAAGUUGUGAAAAGUUACAGGUAACUUGUGCAGUGAAAGAUCCUGUCUUUCCACACGGAACAAAGGGCCUUCGGCUGUGGCUUAGGCUUAUAGAAAGUGAUCCUCCCGCCUGCUGAAGCGCCUUUUUUCAGCGGCUGGUCGCCAGAAGCCCCUGUUCCACGGAUUCACUUGGCAGCCGUUACUGCCAAGAGGGAGAAAGGGCGCUGCCCCCUAAGAGGGCAAGGCUGCUCAGGUCUCCAAGCGCUGCUGGAAGUCGCCUGGCAGUAACUGUAGGGAGCUGGACUGUAGUGCACGUCGUGGGUGUUAGGAAAGCUAUAUUCUUGCAGUUAAUGGCAGUAGGACCUUCCUUAGCUCUAAGACUUGGGGGUGGGGGGUGGGUGGGGAGGGAGGAAGGAUAGAAAGGGUGGGAAGGGAGGAGCAGACAUACUCAUGUAUUGUUUGAAAGCUGGAAGUUUGUACCAUCCGUUUGAAUACAUGCACAUUUUAAAAAUAUGAAAUAGUAAAUGCAAACAUGCCAAGCAUUUUAUAAAGAUUAAUAACAGGCCUACUCUUAACUGGCAGUUUGUUGAACUAACUGUUUUGAGUCCUAAACUUAGAAGUUGCUAAUACUUAUAUAACCUAACCAAAGAGUUGCCCAGUAGGGUUUUAGUUUUAGAAAUUUUAUUCUCUUGUUGAUUAUAAAUCCUGAUUUUACAAUCUAUUUACUUGAGCAAAAAUAAGUUUGAUUUUGGUUACUGAGAUGUAAGAUCUCUUAUUAAAAAUCCUGAUUUUUUCCAAGCCCAGCAGAUGUUGACAGCUGGGCACAACUGAAAACCCGAAAAUGCCACCUCUCUCAAGCAGUUUGUUUGAAGUUAAGGUGGAAUCUUUUCAAAUGACAGAACUGCAGAGAACUCUAAGCACCAAGGGCUGACCAUCUGUAGAUAGCUGUAAAAUGGAAUCUUUUAACAUGAAGGCAAAUAAGUACUUAAAAGUGAGCUGAGCAAUAAAAUGGUGUUUUAGGUAAAUACGACAGAAAGAGAAGGAGACCUGGUUGCCUUACGCCUUUAUUCUUACAUGGAAUCAAUUCCCAGUGAUUAUCCUAUGUACACCAUAAGUGAAGGGAAAUGAACCUCGUCAGGCUUCAUGCUGCGAGGCAUCCUGUGGAUAUUCUGUGAUGACGGAGAAGCCUUUCUAUUUUGUUUUGUUUAUUUCAGCAUCUUUCUCUAAAGUAUGUUUUUAAAGAUUUUGUAACAGUUGUUUUCAGUGUUUAAAUUAGUGCUAUUUUCCCUUCUUUUUAAAAAUGAAUCUUGUACUGUAUCUUACUAUGUCCAUACAGAUGUUACAAAUUGGAACAGUUUUAUUCUUAGACUCCUGUGAUCCAAUCUGUAUAUACCAUAUAUAAACAUUUUACACGAAUCAUUUAGUUUUUUAAUUCGUUUACUAAUGCUAUAAAAUUUCCUAUAUUUACCCC